AGAACAGGUUUAAACUGUACUGCUGCUUCUCAUGCGGCUGUGAGUCAGUUGUUCAGAAGUCGUCACUGUUUACACGACGCGUUUUAUUGCACAUUUUCUUACGCGAGGCGUCAAGAGCACCAGACGGAAACGCGCCCCACUGUCGCUCCACCGCGAGCUGGUCUGUUGUCCCAAGCGACUGGAGCACAUGUACUUGCGAGGUGAAGUUUAUUGGGUCUGUUCUCACUCUGUAGGAUGCGCGCGCGCGGCGGCGCACCGAGGCGGCACCAGAAGGAUGCCUCUUAAAUACAGAAAGCUUUUUCCCGGACGAGAGAGGACGUCCGCUCAUCUUCUCUGGCUUUGGAUUCUGAUUCCUCUCAUUGCUCAAGCUGACAGCUACUUCAUGAGCAAUUCCAAGGCUGUACUGCAGGGAUGUAGAGACCAGUGGAUUCUGCAGGACAAGCAGAGCGUGCCAAAGCUCUCCCAGAUCACCGUGUGCAUGGACAUGCGUUUACUGACUGCAGGAAACUGGAUGGCGUUUAGCUACACGACGCCUCGCUCACCAAAAUAUGACCUGGCACUGCAUGGUGACAGCGAGGCCAUGUACGCCUGGAUCCUGGGUGUGCAACAUCGCUUCCCUGUGCAGCUCACGCUGGAACGUUGGCACCGGUUGUGUCUGCGCAUUGACUCAUUGCGUAACAGCUUCAUUUUGAACAUCGGCAGCAGUCAGAAGACGUACGAACGUAGAGUGUUUGCUCACGCCAUGCAACUCAACGGUAAGCUACAGCUGGGAUGUCAGCCGUGGGACAUAUUCCCAGAAACCAGCAUGGCCACCAUAGAGCUCUACAUGUUCAGGAUGUGGGGGGACGUGAGAGAGCAUGCAAACUGCGAGGACGGCACAAUUGUGGGCUGGGACUCGAGCAUGUGGAGUAUCAGUCGAGCCCAGGCCUGGGUCCAGGACAACGCCCUUUACUGCGGCACACUCAGUCUUUCACACCUUGUACGGGUAAAACGCAGCAGUGACAGAAGUACUAUUAUGAAUGGACCAGCCACACCAUUUAUAACCACAUCUCAAGAGCGCACAACGACCACUAACUUUACUACAGCAGUCACUGCUACUUCUGAAACUAAUACUUCUAUUAACACAGUUGACCACUCUACUAUCACAGAUGCCCCUGUGACUACUAUGUCUACUGCUCCUUCUAUAGAUACUAUUUCUGCUCAGAACAUUUCUACAAGUUGCACAAUUUCUACCAUUGCACACAAUACACUCUCUGAUACUACCCCAAAUAACCAGACAAAUCCUAUUUCUACUACCACAAAUAACCAAACAAAUGAUUUUUCAACUACCACAAAUAACCAGACAAAUGAUAUUUCUACUACCACUGAUAACCAGACAAAUCCUAUUUCUACUACCACUGAUAACCAAACAAAUGAUUUUUCAACUACCACAGAUAACCAGACAAAUCCUAUUUCUACUACCACAAAUAACCAGACAAAUGAUUUUUCAACUACCACCAGUAACCAGACAAAUCCUAUUUCUACUACCACAAAUAACCAGCCAAAUAUUUCUACUACCACAAAUAACCAGACAAAUUCUAUUUCUACUACCACAAAUAACCAAACAAAUGAUUUUUCAACUACCACAAAUAACCAGACAAAUGAUAUUUCUACUACCACUGAUAACCAGACAAAUCCUAUUUCUACUACCACAAAUAACCAAACAAAUAUUUCUACUACCACAGAUAACCAGACGCAUCCAACUUCUACUACCACAGAUAACCAGACAAAUCCUAUUUCUACUACCACAAAUAACCAGACAAAUAUUUCUACUACCACAGAUAACCAGACGCAUCCAACUUCUACUACCACAGAUAACCAGACAAAUCCUAUUUCUACUACCACAAAUAACCAGACAAAUAUUUCUACUACCACAGAUAACCAGACAAAUCCUAUUUCUACUACCACAAAUAACCAGACAAAUAUUUCUACUACCACAGAUAACCAGACGCAUCCAACUUCUACUACCACAGAUAACCAGACAAAUCCUAUUUCUACUACCACAAAUAACCAGACAAAUAUUUCUACUACCACUGAUAACCAGACAAAUCCUAUUUCUACUACCACAGAUAACCAGACAAAUCCUAUUUCUACUACCACAAAUAACCAGACAAAUAUUUCUACUACCACAGAUAACCAGACAAAUCCUAUUUCUACUACCACAGAUAACCAGACAAAUCCUAUUUCUACUACCACAGAUAACCAGACAAAUCCUAUUUCUACUACCAAAGAUAACCAGACGCAUCCAACUUCUACUACCACAGAUAACCAGACAAAUCCUAUUUCUACUACCACAGAUAACCAGACAAAUCCUAUUUCUACUACCACAGAUAACCAGACAAAUCCUAUUUCUACUACCACAGAUAACCAGACGCAUCCAACUUCUACUACCACAGAUAACCAGACAAAUCCUAUUUCUACUACCACAGAUAACCAGACAAAUUCUAUUUCUACUACCACAGAUAACCAGACAAAUAUUUCUACUACCACAGAUAACCAGACGCAUCCAACUUCUACUACCACUGAUAACCAGACAAAUCCUAUUUCUACUACCACAGAUAACCAGACAAAUCCUAUUUCUACUACCACAGAUAACCAGACAAAUCCUAUUUCUACUACCACAGAUAACCAGACAAAUCCUAUUUCUACUACCACAGAUAACCAGACAUAA